AUGUUGCUUUAAUUAAUUAAUUAUAGAUAAAACAAUUUUUUUUUAUUUUUUUUACCUUUUUAAAUUUUUACUAAAAAAAAAAUUGUUUUUAAAAUUAUAGAAAUUAUUCUAAGUAUUAUCCAUUAUUUUUCUAAUCAGGUUUAUUAUUAUGAGAAGUACUUUCUCUUGAUACAUGAUUCAUAUAUAACUUUUUUAGGUAUACAUAAACAUAUUUAAAUUAUGCUUAAUUUAAAAAGAUUGUAUGUGAACUUUUGUAAUAGAUCCAUAAUUUAAAGAUUUUGGCUUUAGAAAUUCUUACAAAACAAAAUUAGCUAUAAUAUUCGCUUUGGUUAGAUGUUAUAGGGAACGAUUUGUUCUGGAUUUAAUUAUUUUUAUUUAAAUAAUAUAUAACUCUUUUUAAAAUCUUCUCAGCCAUAUUUUAUAAUCUCAUUAAUUAUUGGUUAAAUUGUAAUUUUAAUAAUAAUUAAAGGGUUAAUAUUGUAUUCAGAUAAGUCCUUAGCUUCAAAUAUUAUUACUAAAUUAAUUGAUAUGUAUUAGUUGUUCUUCUUUCUUAUAAUAUGA